UAUCGUUGUUUUAAGCUUGUCUGUGUGAUAAUUGCAUUGCUAAUUGAUAAAUUGGGGUAGAAAACGCUUAAUUUGUCGAUUAGAGUUGAUCAAUUUAGUUCAAAUGUCAUUACGUCUGGGCGUUUGAUCUACAUAACCCCAAAAACUUGGUACGAAAAAAGUGGUUAGGAAGAUGAAGAAAAAGGCGAAAAAAGCGAACAUGGUCAGUUUUGACGAAGAAGUUGUGCCGAAGCAAGUCGCCGAUGAGCUGCUAUCAAGCGAAGUUGAAAAUCCAGUCGAGAAAAAGGCAAAAAAGCGGAAGAAAAUUACCGAACCAACUAACCCAGAUGAAGGCAAAAAAACGGAGUCAAUUCGGGCGUUAAAGCGUAAAAAAUACGCUAAACUACUUGAGGAUAAGAAGAACAAGACCGAAUUGGCGUUGCAGGAAAAAGCCUUGAAUUAUUUAUCAAAGUGGAAGCACAGUCGAGACGAAUGGAAAUUCGAAAAGUUGAGGCAAAUUUGGUUACAACACAACAUGUAUGACGAAGUUAAAGUGCCACCAGAGUUUUGGCAAACACUGGUUGAGUAUUUUUCAAAUUCGAAAGGCAAAUCACGUGAGGUUUUGUUAAAAGAAGCGGUGGCAAUUAUCGAGGGGGAAAAUGACGAAAAUCAGGGGACGUGUAAGCUGGAACGGGCACGGGACAUUAUCCAGAAUCUUCAAGAAUAAAUUUUUUAAUAAUAAUUGGAA